AAAAAAACCUCGGUCCCCCGUUUGGCCUCUUCUAGCGCUCGGCCCGUCUGAUCUUAGUGGCCGAUUCUGCCCAUGUGCCCCUAUCUUGUCCAACCUCUUUGAAUAUGGAAGUAAAAAGUCAGAAUGACGCCACCCCAGUCACUCCUUUCUUGCCAACUUGAUACAACAGAUUCGAGCUCACUCGUCGCAAUACAGCGAAUUUUCGCAUGCUUCUCAUACGUUGAACGGCGAAAAUACUUCGCAACUAGCGUCCAAAGAGUCGCGAUUGCGUUAUAGAAGAGCUUCAUCAUGGAACACUCAAUGCCGGCGACUUCGGGAUCAAAUCUGAUGCCGAAGAAACGCCUGCUGGACCUUCCUAACGAGCUUAUCUGUUGCAUCGUCGACUCCGUCGCACUUUUGAGGAAAGACAGAUACGAUGAUGCUAGAGAUACCCAGACCUUGUCGAAUCUUUCACAAACUUGUCAAAUAUUUCACCUUCUCUGCAAUUCUCAACUCUUUUCUAAUAUAAACCUGGAUGAAUCCAAAGACGCCGCCGGUCUUCUCAUCCGGUCCCUUAUCGAAACACCUGAACUUGGGGUUCAUGUGCAACGUUUGACGUUACGCGUAAUAUGGGAGUCAGCCGAGCAAUGCGAGAAGGGAUUACGGAAACGGCUUACACCAACCCAGAGCAAUGCGACAAGUCAUCCGGGAACCUUGCCCAAUUUGCGGCAUUUGGAAUUGGAAGACCCUGCGGUGUACUUCAUGAACAUUCCCGAGGUUCCUCGCAUAUUCACUGGCCUGCUUGCGCUGCCUCCUCUCAUGUCGAUACUUACGCGAUACGAUAACGAUAGAUGGGGAGGUCUCGCCCAAGUCGCCGCGGCUGGACCCUUCGCCUUGGAGCAAAUUCGCUUCCACGAAACUGCCAUCCGGGGACCCGACUUAUGCCGAUUACUCCAGCUGUGCCCCGGUCUCCGAGUCCUCGAAAUCGAGAUUGACUAUCACUUCUUCGCUCCUUGUUUCCAGCAAACCACACACCCAGGAAUCACCACUCACCUAUCCACGACGCUCUCAACACUCUGCCCGCGCUUACAGAGACUUACGCUGCUACACGGGGACCUCUCGGCUCUUCGGACCCCCGAUGAACCAUGUCUCACAUGUCUCACGAAUUUGGAAGAUCUGACUGUGUUGGAGACCGAACUGCCAACUAUCUUCCGAAGUCCCGAAGACAUGGCAAACGCAGACAUCACUGCGCGUUUGCCUGCGAAGCUCACGCAAUUGACUCUCCAUGACAUUUGGUACUCGGAUCCAAGGUAUUGUCUGUACUCUUUGGCCCCAGGCUCUCGUCCUUGGAUUCAUGAGAGAUUGGACGCCAGCACUGAACCUCUGACUGCGAUGCUGCUUCGUCUGGCAUCAUCAUGUUUGGCCGGUCAACUACCUGGCCUCCGAAAGGUAGCCGUCAAGACUCCAACAUACGAACACGACAGAGGCAAUACUUGUGACAAAAUUUCAGAAGCAUUUGCGAAGACUGGAGUUUUAUUUGAACUGAUUUCCGCUCACUCAACAUUUCCAUGCCCAUUAACGCGAUAACAUCAGAGAUUGGGACAAGAUGUUAAACAGUCUAGUUUUUGGCAUAGUUUUAGUACUUACAUAGCUAUCACUAGUAAUCGAGUGAAAUUUACC